AUGAUAUUUACCGUUAACAGUAUAUCUGUGAUUGCAUCAUCAUCAUCAUCAUCAUCAUCAUCAUCAUCAUCAUCAUCAUCAUCAUCAUCAUCAUCAUCAUCAUCAUCAUCAUCAUCAUCAUCAUCAUCAUCAUCAUCAUCAUCAUCAUCAUCAUCAUCAUCAUCAUCAUCAUCAUCAUCAUCAUCAUCAUCAUCAUCAUCAUCAUCAUCAUCAUCAUCAUCAUCAUCAUCAUCAUCAUCAUCAUCAUCAUCAUCAUCAUCAUCAUCAUCAUCAUCAUCAUCAUCAUCAUCAUCAUCAUCAUCAUCAUCAUCAUCAUCAUCAUCAUCAUCAUCAUCAUCAUCAUCAUCAUCAUCAUCAUCAUCAUCAUCAUCAUCAUCAUCAUCAUCAUCAUCAUCAUCAUCAUCAUCAUCAUCAUCAUCAUCAUCAUCAUCAUCAUCAUCAUCAUCAUCAUCAUCAUCAUCAUCAUCAUCAUCAUCAUCAUCAUCAUCAUCAUCAUCAUCAUCAUCAUCAUCAUCAUCAUCAUCAUCAUCAUCAUCAUCAUCAUCAUCAUCAUCAUCAUCAUCAUCAUCAUCUUAA